AUGAGCUUUUUCGACCCUCUCGGCAUGCUCGCUCCGUACACUAUUCACGGGAAGAUGAUCAUCCAAGAUCUGUGGCGACAAGGUUGUUCGUGGGAUGAAAAAAUAGACGAUGCGUGUGCAGACAAAUGGCAACGAUGGACUGCGGUGAUGGAAGAAGUGGCGAUGAUCAAAAUUCCUCGCUGCUAUUUUUCAGAGACUACGAACGAAGAUUUUGAAUCUCUUCAGCUUCAUGUAUUCACGGAUGCGAGUGAAAAUGCGUAUGGGUGCGUUGCCUAUUUUCGGAUAGUAGUUCAAGGCAUACCGCGGUGUGCACUAGUAGCAGCUAAAUCAAAAGUAGCGCCGUUGAAGCAUCUCUCCAUCCCUCGAUUGGAACUUCAAGCUGCGGUGCUGGGUUCUAGGCUGGCGAACACCGUACUAGAAACGCAUUCUCUACCAGUAAAGCGACGGUUUAUAUGGACGGAUUCUCAGAUCGUGCUUUCUUGGAUCCGUUCCGACCAUAAAAGGUACUCUCAGUUCGUAGCAUUUCGUAUUGGAGAAAUUCUCAGCCAAACAGCACUAAGAGAAUGGCGUUGGGUGCUAACGAGAAGCAACAUCGCCGAUGUGUUAACCAAGUGGGGUAGUGGACCUCCUUCGCCUUGUAGUGGAGAAUGGGUUGUCGGACCAGAUUUGCUGCAUACACGGGAGGAAAAUUGGCCAAAAACUGAGCUCCCGCCAACGAAUGUGCCGGAAGAACUGAAAGCUAUCCAUUUAUUCCACGAAAUUAGUUUCCAGGAACCGCUAAUUGACACAAGUCGGUUUUCUCGAUGGAACAUACUGGUGCGUUGUAUAGCAUGCGUCUAUCGCUUUCUGUCGAACUGCCAAAGAAAGAUCAAAGGACUUCCAAUAGAAACGGUUCCCGCAUCAGACAAAUUAGAGAAACUGUCAAAAAUUCGUGUAUCAUAUAUCGUAAUACCACUGAAACUCGAAGAGUAUCGUCGAGCGGAAAAUUACUUGUGGCGAAUUGCACAACGUGAAGGGUUCGGAGAUGAAGUUAAAAUUUUACUCAAAAAUCGCGGACUUCCACGUGAAAAAUGGCAUCCUAUCGACCAAGGUAGUUCCCUCUACAAGCGAUCACCACUACUGGAUGAAGAUGGGGUGAUACGGAUGGAAGGAAGAGCGGCUUAUGCUGAUUUCAUACCCUUCGAGCUACGUUUUCCAGUCGUGCUGCCGAAGGCACAUAACAUUACUACAAAAUUGCUACAACAUUACCAUCAGAAAUUUGGUCAUGCGAACCGAGAGACUGUUGUGAAUGAAGUUCGUCAGCGGUUUUUCAUUCCGAAGCUAAGGGCUGCCGUGUGGCAUGCAGAGAAGGAGUGCUAUUGGUGCAAAGUUCGAAAGUGUCGCCCUUCUAUCCCUAGAAUGGCACCUUUACCCGAGCAGCGUUUAACGCCACACCGGAGACCGUUCAGCCAUGUUGGUCUGGACUACUUUGGACCGCUUGUCGUUACAGUAGGACGUAGAUCGGAAAAACGUUGGGUGGCUUUGUUUACUUGCCUGGUGACGAGGGCUAUACACUUGGAAGUCGCUCACAGCCUCACCAGCCAAGCGUGUAUGAUGGCAAUACGACGAUUUAUCUGUCGCAGAGGUGCGCCACUGGAAGUGUUUUCGGACAAUGGCACUAAAUUUCAAGCUGCUAAUAAAGAGCUCAAAAUGGAAGCUAAGCGUAUCGACGUGGAAUGUGGAAACGCCUUUACGGAUGCUAGAACACGCUGGAAUUUUAAUCCACCAGCGGCACCCCACAUGGGUGGCAGUUGGGAGCGCAUGGUUAGAUCUGCAAAGAAUGCUCUCAAGGCAAUUCACGAUGGACGGAAAUUAAACGACGAGAUCUUGCUGACGGUACUGGCGGAAGCGGAGGACAUGGUGAAUUCCCGACCGUUGACGUAUCUUCCCCAGGAAUCGGCCGAGAACGAAUCUUUGACGCCAAACCACUUCCUGCGAGGCUUUCCAUCGGGCGAGCGUGAAGAAGCUAACAUCCUGACGGAUUCGGCGGAAGCGUUAAGGGAUGAUUACAAGAGAUCGCAAAGGCUAGCUGAUAUGCUGUGGCAGAGGUGGCUAAAGGAGUAUGUUCCGCUGAUUAAUCAUCGUACUAAGUGGUUCGAGGAUAAGGAACCCAUUAACGAAGGGGAGCUUGUGUUCAUCGUUGACGGCGACAACAGACGGACCUGGGUUCGAGGUAUUGUGGAGCGUAUCAUCCGUGGCCAAGAUGGAAGAGUUCGCCAAGCGAUGGUUAGAACUUCUAGGGGCAUCUUUAGACGACCAGUUGCCAAGCUGGCUGUGAUGGAGAUUAAAGGUAAAUCUGGUGAAGGCUAUGGCCGUGGACCAGAGUUACGGUCGGGGGAAUUGUUAGCACCACUGGGCAUAUCGAUGGCCCCUGGCGGAAAGUGAACCUACGGGAAAAACUGAUGGUACAUAUGAAUGGCAACACGGUAUACUAAGUGUCAGUGAAGAAGAGGGAAAAACAAAAUAAAAUUAAAACGAGGGGGAUUGAUCUACAUGUGCCGUAGGAAAAAGUUUAAUUAAAACUAAUUUAAUCAUUUUCGGAUUAUUAUAUUGGAUUAUCGAGUCGUGAAGGAUACUUGGGAAAUAUAUUGUUCGGAUCGGACAUUGGAAAGGAAGAAAAUUAUUAAAUGUAGGAGAGUUUUGAGCUGUGCGUAAAACGUCUGCUUCAAGAAUAUUUCUUCAAUUUCGAUCAGAACAA